AAUACCCGUCUUAUAAAUGAUUAGACAACAAGUGCGCUAAUGUUCCGUUCGGUAAAUUGUCCUAAUCAAUCAGAUUUCCGAUCAGUCUCCGGUCAGACUUACAGCCGUGCAUACACGAACACAACCACACAGGAAAAGUGCCAGUGAAGUGAAGAAAAAGGUGAUUAAUCGUUAUCAGAUUCUGAUUCCGCGAAAAAUGUUGCGCCUGUUGAAAGAAGCUACGUCGACCUUCGGUUUGGCUCGUUUUGGUUUCCGUUGUACCACCAGCAUACCUCGGCGAUGUGCCCCAAGCUUUAGUACUCAACCGGCCACAGGCUACGAGAGAAACAUCGUGGAAUCCCCUUACAACGUGGACAUCCCGAAGCUCUGCGUGACCGAUUACAUCUUUCAUGAAGUCGACCGAGCAGCAGAUAAACCCGCCGUUACUUGUGGCUCCAGCAAGCGGAGCUACAACUAUGGCAUGAUUUACGAGAUGACCCGACGAAUGGCACACGCUCUGCUGGCGCAGAAAGGAUGUGCCAUGCGACCGAAAGAAGUCAUCGGCGUCUUACUACCGAACAUUCCGGAGUUCGUACCGGCUCUGCAUGGUGGUCUAAUGGCAGGACUGACCGUUACUUUCGCGAAUCCUCUCUACACGCCGGAAGAAAUCUGCCGCCAGUUCGACAACGCUAAUGUCCGGCUGGUUAUCACGCUACCAGUGCUGCUUCCGGUGGCACAAAUUUACAAAACAAAAGCGAAAAAGUAUCGGGGGACAGUCUGCAUUGGAGGCAAGCACAACUUUGAGGAUAAUGUGUUCGGAUUCCAGCAGCUCCUGAUGGAGGAUCACAGAGUCGAGCUGCCAGAGGUUGAUCCCGAAGAGACGGCUAUCUUACCCUACUCCUCUGGCACCACCGGAGUGCCGAAGGGCGUUGAGCUCACUCACAACAAUCUGGUGGCGAAUUUAGCCCAGGGAACGCAUCCCGAGAUGAACAAAUACUGUCGGCCCGAGUUUGCGGGUUGUACUGAAACAAUACUCACGAUACCGCCAUUCUUUCACAUUUACGGAUUCAACGCCAUCUUGAAUUCGGUACUCAAAUCAAGGAAUCAUCUGGUAUCGAUACCAAGGUUCAUCCCGGAGGACUACAUCCAAUGCCUGCUAGAAUUCCGUCCCAAUUUCCUGUUCGUGGUGCCCUCGCUGAUGCUGUUCCUAGCUACCCAUCCCAAGGUAACCGCCGAUCACCUCUCGAGCGUGGACACGUUGCUGGUGGGUGCGGCGGCGGCAUCCAUCCAACUGCAGGAAAAGUUCAAACAAAAAUGCGGCCGUGAGGUGGACAUUGCGCAGGGUUACGGAAUGACUGAGAGUUCCCCCGUUACUCUCUGCACCCCGUACAAGUACGAUCUGUCGAAGGUUGGCACCUGCGGCCAGCUGUACCCGAACACUAAGGCUAGGAUCGUGUCACUAGCGGACGGAAGCAAUCUUGGACCGCAUCAGCCCGGCGAGCUGCACGUUCGUGGCCCACAGAUUAUGAAGGGAUACCUGAACAAUAACCCGGCGACACGGGAAACCUUGGACGACGAAGGCUGGCUGCACACCGGUGAUGUGGCCUACUACGAUCAGGACGGAUACUUCUACAUCGUGGAUCGCACCAAGGAACUCAUCAAAGUCAAAGGCAAUCAGGUAUCCCCAACAGAGCUGGAAAAUCUAAUUCUCGAAUUGCCUGAAGUGUCGGACGUCGCGGUGGCUGGCAUUGCGGACGAAACGGCCGGAGAACUACCACGUGCCUAUGUAGUACUAAAGCAGGGACAAAGCCUGGACGAACAGGUCGUCAUUGAUCACGUGAAAGGCCGAGUGGUCAAAUACAAGCAGCUGGCCGCGGGUGUGAUGUUCGUCAAGGAAAUUCCACGUAAUGCCGGGGGAAAAAUACAACGCCACCAGCUGCAUCUCCUUGGGGCACAACUGGAUGACUGAUGUGUUUAAGAAUAAAGUUUUUUUUUCGUUGUCUUAAGUAAGAGAAAAUUUACAACACUAACGAAAAUUUUGAGAUUGUCUUUUAGAUGUACAUUUUAUGUUUUAUGUGUUUUAAGGGUUUAGUUAUGUGGAAGAGAGAAAGAGCAUGAAAAUAAAACAUUUGUUGAUUUUAUUCCUCUGUAGAUA